GCGGGGUGAAAGGUUGCGAAGAUGGCGACGGCCUUGAGCGAGGAGGAGCUGGACAAUGAAGACUAUUACUCGUUGCUGAACGUGCGCAGGGAGGCCUCCUCUGAAGAGCUGAAAGCGGCCUACCGGAGACUGUGCAUGCUGUACCAUCCCGACAAGCACCGGGACCCAGAGCUCAAAUCCCAGGCGGAGCGACUGUUUAACCUUGUGCACCAGGCUUAUGAAGUGCUCAGCGACCCGCAGACAAGGGCCAUCUAUGACAUCUAUGGGAAGAGAGGCCUGGACAUGGAGGGAUGGGAGGUUGUGGAAAGGAGGAGAACGCCAGCCGAAAUCAGGGAAGAGUUCGAGCGGCUGCAGAGAGAGAGGGAGGAGAGGAGGCUGCAGCAGCGCACCAACCCCAAGGGGACCAUCAGCGUUGGCAUCGAUGCCACUGACCUUUUUGAUCGCUACGAGGAAGAGUACGAAGAUGUGUCUGGAAGUGGCUUUCCGCAGAUUGAAAUUAACAAGAUGCACAUAUCCCAGUCCAUUGAGGCACCCUUGACAGCUACGGACACAGCCAUCCUCUCCGGAAGCCUCUCAACCCAGAAUGGAAAUGGAGGGGGUUCCAUUAACUUCGCGCUUAGACGAGUCACUUCCGCGAAGGGCUGGGGAGAGUUAGAAUUUGGAGCCGGGGAUCUGCAGGGACCUUUAUUUGGUCUGAAGCUCUUCCGUAAUCUCACACCAAGAUGCUUUGUGACGACAAACUGUGCUCUGCAGUUUUCGUCCCGUGGGGUCCGGCCCGGCCUCACCACCGUCCUGGCCCGGAACCUGGACAAGAACACCGUGGGCUACCUGCAGUGGCGCUGGGGCAUCCAGUCAGCCAUGAACACUAGCAUCGUCCGGGACACCAAAACCAGCCACUUCACGGUGGCCCUGCAGCUUGGAAUCCCUCACUCCUUUGCACUGAUCAGCUAUCAGCACAAAUUCCAGGACGAUGAUCAGACUCGCGUGAAGGGCUCCCUGAAGGCAGGCUUCUUCGGGACGGUGGUGGAGUACGGGGCCGAGAGGAAGAUCUCCAGGCACAGCGUCCUGGGUGCAGCUGUCAGCGUGGGAGUCCCUCAGGGCGUGUCUCUCAAAGUCAAAUUAAACAGGGCCAGUCAGACUUACUUCUUCCCUAUUCAUUUGACGGACCAGCUCCUUCCCAGCGCCGUGUUCUAUGCCACCGUGGGGCCGCUCGUGGUCUACUUUGCCCUUCACCGCCUGGUCAUCAAGCCGUACCUCAGGGCUCAGAAAGAGAAGGAGCUGGAAAAGCAAAGGGAAAGCACAGCCACUGACAUUCUACAGAAGAAGCAAGAGGCGGAAGCUGCCGUUCGGUUGAUGCAAGAAUCUGUCCGAAGAAUAAUUGAGGCAGAAGAGUCUAGAAUGGGGCUCAUCAUCGUCAACGCCUGGUAUGGGAAAUUCGUCAACGACAAGAGCAAGAAGAGCGAGAAGGUCAAGGUGAUUGACGUGACCGUGCCCCUGCAGUGCCUGGUGAAGGACUCGAAGCUCAUCCUCACGGAGGCCUCCAAGGCCGGGCUGCCCGGGUUCUAUGACCCGUGCGUGGGGGAGGAGAAGAGCCUGAAAGUGCUUUACCAGUUCCGAGGCGUCCUGCACCAGGUGAUGGCACCGGACAGCGAGGCGCUCAGGAUACCAAAGCAGUCUCACAGGAUUGACACAGAUGGAUAGACCGCUUGAGAAACCAGAUUUCCAAGAGGCUGCAACAAAUCUUUUCCCGGGAGUCUGCAAAUUCGGAAGCAGGGAAAAACCCCAGACAUCAGAUGUGUUUAUUUUAUAUUACUCCUAUAGAAGGUGGCACCGUGUCAGUCACGUGGAGGGGCACAGACACCCCGCUUUCAUGGGUGCUGUGGGUAAGACUCAGGCAGCCCCACCUGGACCAGAGCCUCAGCACGGCCUGUGGCUGUUUUCCCAAGGAUCAUGUCCCUGGAGGGAAGGGCCCCCCCCCCCCCCCCCCCCCCCCCCCCCAGGUUCCUGAGCCCGCGGACCGACCGCAGCCACCCGGUAGCUCUCGGUCUGUCUUGAGGCGUUUAUGGAGCGUCCUGCCUCGCACACGGGACUGUGAACUCCUCCCGAAAUCCACACUGAGCGUGGAAAGCAGAAUGAAAAAGAAGGAAGGUGUUAUCACGAGCAGAAGCCUCCAGAACAAGCGAGCGUCUGUCUGGUCAGCUUCCCAAAAACCACUUGUUCCUGCUGAAAUGUUAUUCAAUGAAUCUGGAGAGGAUCGUGUGGGUUUAUAAAUCUGCUUUUUAUCUGAGAACGAAUGGUUUUGGAAAUCAGUGUCUUUUUUCCCCCCUCCCAGAACUUCUCGAAUCAUUCCACUGGCAGGGGCUUGGGACUCCCAGGGCCCAUCCCUGUCACCAGUCACUUCCUCCCAGGAGCCACCCGUGGCCUUGUGGAGAAAGGCAGAUGCGAGCCAGGCUGUCCCUCUCGGACCCCCACCCCCCGCGGCUCAGCCUGACCUGCCUCUGCCCCCCACAUGGAGCGCAGGGCCAGGGCCGGGGAAGAGAGGGGAAGCAUGGGGCAGAGCCCCUGGCUCAGGUGCGUGCCAAACCCCAAGCCCAGGGAGAGCCAGGCAGGCCUCGCUUGCUCUCACUCGCGGCCAGCAGGUGGCGCUGCUGCCCCCCCACACCUCCUCUGGUCCAGCUCCCUCCUCGCUGGGGACUCCGGUGCCCACCCCCCAAGGUCCCCUUCCCUCACUGUUCACUCUGUGGAUGCAGAAUACUUAGGAGCCGGCUGGUCCCAAACAGCCCCGUGUGUGGACCUCGAGUCACCACUGAGCAAAGAGGCCCCUGGCUGGUGGUGGCUCUGACAGGCCCCUGCAGCUGGCUGUUGCUGAAACCAGGCUUCACUCCCCGGCAUCGACGCCCCGGGGUCGCUAACGCCCCCUCCUCCUGUUUCCAGAAACAGUUCGGUUGUCCAACUCUAUAGUAUUUAUCUCCAUUUUGGAAAGUUUUCCUCUGAGCUGCUGCUCUGAAUGUAAAUCGUGCAAUAAGUGUGGCGUGAAAUAUCUGACCUUGGGGCGCAGCCACACGCUCCUCCCGUGGCAGGUGGCUCUUCAGGGCACCAAUUCUCAUGAUUUUGUCAGAAAUGAACUGUACAGAAGGCACACUCUGAUCAUAAUAAAUCGUUCCUGAAUA